AUGGACGAUUUUUCAACUCCCGGUCAAUCUAACAACUACGGUCUUCCCCCAAGUCCUUCCAACUUUAUCAAGCCCGGUGCUCAACCUCUCAGCUCCAUGUGCCCAAUUAUUGCCGUCGACAAGAAAUCCGGAGAAGUCAUUUUCACCGCUGGAGCUUCCGGUGGAUCGCAAAUUACAACUUCAGUUGCAAAUGUCGCUAUUAGAACUCUUCUUUAUGGCGAUGGCCUUGAUGAGGCUAUUCAGCGAGCUAGAGUGCAUCAUCAACUUUUGCCAAAUGAAAUCAGAAAGGAAGACAGAUUCGAUUUGAAUCUGAUCGCAGAGCUUGAGAAAAGAGGUCAUCUUUACUACCAAGGCACUGGAAGAGGAGCUGUUGUUCAGGUGAGACAAUAG